CGAUCAUUGGAGAUCAGCCCUCAGCCACUCCAUUUCGGUUGAAAAUCAGCACACGGCGGGGACACAAAUUUCAUGCUGGGUAUUCUCGUGGCUGGAUCAAUUAGUGGGCAUUGGGGGAUAUGCGAAAGCGGUGUAAGUCGAGGAGAGAACGGAAGCCAAAGCAUUUUCAUUCCAGGGGAAGGAUAGGAUUGCAAUGCAAUGCAAUGGUGACCGAAAGCACAGGUGGUGUAAUUCUCAAUGGCCAUGUCCAUCAGGGGAACGAGUAAAGUGAAUGUGAUAUGUGGCAAUUAGUCAUGGUUUAUCACAUAGCAUCAUGUUAGAAAGUACAUGCGAGAGACAGUGUUACGGACAACACUUGCUAGCUAAUUUCAAAGCAGACAUAUGGUUAACAAGGUGGGUGUAAAGGGG